AUGGAGCGCCCAUCCAAACGGGCAAGGCUGUCUCCAGACUCAAACAAAGGUGAUGCGGGCCUCCAUAGUACGUCCUCGAUGCCGUUGGCUUCUCUACAUAGGGCAAUCACCCCGCCGCCACGAUCGCGCUCUCGACCGCUCUUGACACCCAGUGAUGCCUGUCCGGAGCUUAAAAACGAUGAAGUCUUGACCCAAGAACCUGAACUGGCAGAGGCCAGCAGUACUCCGCCACCUCAAUUCAUCCCAUCACCUAUCCAGCUUACUCACAUCAAAGACUUCCCCGCCAGUAAAGGUUACAAUGUCGACGCGGUUAGAUUGCGCGAUAUCCUUGGGGAUCCCAUGAUCCGCGAGUGUUGGAACUUCAAUUAUCUAUUCGAUGUGGACUUUGUAAUGUCUCAGUUUGACGAAGAUGUUCGGAGCUUGGUGCAAGUCAAAGUGAUGCAUGGGUCCUGGGAGAGAGAGGCUGCGAAUCGGAUUCGGGUGGAAGAAGCGUGCUCUCGAUACCCCAAUGUUGAGCCUAUUAUCGCAUACAUGCCUGAACGGUUUGGUACACAUCACUCGAAGAUGAUGAUUCUUCUACGACACGAUGAUUUAGCUCAGAUUGUGAUCCAUACGGCUAAUAUGAUCCAGCAAGACUGGACGAACAUGACGCAGGCCGUAUGGCGAUCACCAUUACUUCCUCUGAGUCCACCUGGAUCCCGCGCUUCAUCACAAACAUCCUCGAAUAUCGGUAGCGGUGCACGCUUCAAAAGAGACCUGCUCUCAUACUUGAAAGCAUAUGGGCUUAAGAAAACCGGCCCCCUGGUUCAGGAGCUCAAUCGAUUUGAUUUCGGCGCUAUCCGUGCUGCACUUGUCGCAAGUGUUCCCUCCAAGCAGAAUGUCAGUUAUCUCGACUCGGAAAAGGCCACUCUGUGGGGCUGGCCUUCUUUGAGAGACCUCAUGAGCCGUAUACCUAUCAGAAAGCAACCCAGGGAUGGAAAGACUCAUGAGCCGAUACCUCAUAUCGUUGCUCAGAUUUCUUCAGUGGCCUCCCUCGGUCAGACAGACAAAUGGCUAAAGGAUGUCUUUUUCAAAUCACUCGCACCAGCAUCGACGAACCCCCAACCCAAGUAUUCCAUAAUCUUUCCAACCCCAGACGAGAUCCGCCGCUCCCUGGAUGGCUACAGUUCCGGAGGAUCCAUCCACAUGAAGAUCCAAAGCGCACCGCAGCUCAAACAGCUACAGUACAUGCGUCCGCAUCUCUGCCACUGGGCAGGUGACAGUCCCUCCAACACUAAUUUCAUGGAUUUGUCCGAAUUUCAACCUCCCAAGCGCGACGCUGGACGCCGUCGGGCCGCACCUCAUAUCAAGACCUAUAUCCGCUACUCGGAUGCGAAUACAAUGGAGACCAUCGACUGGGCGAUGGUAACGUCGGCAAACCUGUCCACACAGGCCUGGGGCGCAGCCACCAAUGCGAAUGGAGAAGUGAAAAUCUCCAGCUGGGAGAUCGGCGUGGUUGUAUGGCCAGAGCUGUUCGUGGACGGUUCUGCCUCUGGGAACUCUACGUCGGGAUCUUCAUCCGAACUGAUGGUACCCUGUUUCAAGCGAGAUCAACCCAGCUCGCCUUCAGGCACCCUGGCGAAGGAAGCUUCUACGGUGGUUGGAUUCCGGAUGCCCUACGAUCUCCCGCUUACACCAUACAGCGCCUCGGAUGAGCCAUGGUGCGCAACAGCCUCCCAUGAUGUUCCCGACUGGCAAGGGCUAUCUUGGUCUGUUGACGGUUGA